AACUGUCCUCCGUCGCUCUCAGGUCUCAAUUCAGGACCAUUGCGGUCCUUCACCCGACUCCAAGGUCUACCCGGUGGACACCGACGACGAGGAAGGCGCCGGAGGUCCAGCAGCCGGCGGAGUCUGAACCGAGGUUCCUGUUUGUUGUUCCCGAAAAGUGAGGAUUUGAGUACCGAGAAGAAGUAAUGUGAUGUUGGAUUACAU